UGCGGCAGCUUCCGGCCGGCCAGGCGCAGUGGAUGUGAGGAGCUCCGACGCGGUCGUGCGUGCGGUGGGGGCGUGUCGGUGGGAAGUCGUGGGGCCGGAGCUCGCGGAGCCGGCCUGUGCGAGCAAGUCUUCAUCCCCGGGAUUUAUUUCUCCCUCCGAGGUAGCCAUGGAUGCUUCGACUCCUUUGCCUCCCGCACCCUCUUCUCCGAGGUGUAACCCAGCCCCACAGACAAUCCACAUUGAGUUCCCUCAUCAUAGCUCUUCGCUGCUGGAAUCCCUGAACCGCCAUAGGCUGGAGGGAAAGUUCUGUGAUGUAUCCCUCCUGGUUCAGGGCAGGGAACUGAGGGCUCACAAAGCAGUGUUGGCUGCUGCCUCUCCUUACUUCCAUGACAAGCUGCUAUUGGGGGAUGCGCCCCGACUCACUUUACCGAAUGUCAUCGAGGCAGAUGCGUUCGAGGGACUGCUUCAGCUCAUCUAUUCAGGAAGCCUCCACCUGCCAUUGGAUGCUCUUCCUGCCCAUCUCCUCGUGGCCAGUGGCCUUCAGAUGUGGCAGGUAGUAGAUCGGUGCUCAGAGAUUCUUCGAGAGCUAGAAACGUCCAGUGGAAUUUCAUCUGGUGGAGGAGCCUCCAGCCUCACACUUCUUUCCACAACAUCUGCAGGAGGCUGGUGCAUUCGCUCUUCCCCUUUCCAGAACCCAGGGCGGUCCUCGGCUUCCACAGAGAAUUCUGCUGCCCCUGAGAGCCCCAGUGGAGGGGAGGGGGGUGAACUAGAAGGAAUGUUACAGAUUCAGGUCAAAGUAGAGGAGGAAGAGGAGCAGAGGUCAGCAGCCCCACCCUUUCAGACCCCUCAGCCUGAGAGAGUGUCAGGAGCGGUUUCCCAAGCUUGCGGAUCCCACCCGUUGCCUACAUCGACUCUUCCCAGCAAACCUUCAGAGGAUGAGAACUCAACACUUGAUCCUCCUGCCCCUCCCGUACAAACUUCCCAAAUCUUAUAUGUUAACCAGGAAAACAUCGAGUGUAAGGAGGAGAUAUCAGGAGGCAGGACUCUGUCUGGAGGAGCAAAGGAAAAGACCAAAGUACUGCCUGGAGAGAACUCUGAGGAAAAUGGGGAGCUAAGAUACUUGCUGUCCUCAGGAGGAGGGGAGACGUCUGGGGCAGGAGACCCAUCCUGGAAACCAGUGGAUCUCCAUGGGAAUGAAAUCUUGUCAGGGGGUGGAGGACCCGGAGGAACAGGGCAGGCUAUGCACGGGCCUGUGAAGCUAGGAGGGACACCCCCUGCAGAUGGAAAGUGCUUUGCUUGCUUGUGUGGAAAACGGUUUGCAGUCAAGCCGAAACGAGACCGACACAUCAUGUUGACCUUCAGCCUUCGCCCCUUCGGCUGCGGCAUCUGUAAUAAACGCUUCAAGCUGAAGCAUCAUCUGACAGAGCACAUGAAGACCCACGCCAGAGCUCUGCACGCGUGUCCCCAUUGUGGCCGCCGGUUCCGGGUCCAGGCUUUCUUCCUUCGACACCGGGACUUAUGCAAGGGCCAGGGCUGGCCCACUUACCACUGGACUUACAAAUGACUACUGAUGCUCUGUAGUGAUUUCUAGGACAAGAUAGCCAUGCUGCUGACGGACUUACCUUCCACCACCUCAGUCCUGGAUCAUGUGGUCCUUCCAAGAGAUUAUAUAUGUCAUGUUGUAAACCCCUUACUCUUGGGGAUGGGCCUCACCCUGGUAUAUUUGGAAGUCCUGUAGGAAGGUCAUGCUUCUGAUCACUCAACCGGAAUGGCCCUUUUUGUAUUGAUAGCCCGUGAAGGAACCGCUGACCUCAGGUUAUAUUAGCAAGAGAAGAGAUGGAGCAAAAUGACCCAGUAACUCUCACCUCAUCUUCACGAGGAGGUGAGGGAGCUGCUCUCCAACUAGGAAGACAUUUGAUUCAGAGCUCAAGUAAUUGCCAGACUCAGCUCUGAGCAGCCUCUGCCUCAUUGUCAACGGUAUCCCGACUCUGUACUUUCUGUCAUUUCUUUCCAGAAGCUUUUUAAAGUUGUACUUUUCUUUUCUCACCAGGAGACACCUUUCCCAAAUAUCCUUUUAAAAAUGGAUGGAGAGGUGGCUCGGGCACUGACUGCUCUUCCAGAGGUCCUGAGUUCAAAUCCCAGUAGCCGCAUGGUGGCUCACAACCAUCUGUAAUGGGAUCUGACGCCCUCUUCUGGCCUGCAGGCGUACAUGCAGACAGAGCAUUCAUACAUAAAAAAAAAAGUACUUGAACAUGAAGCAAGUGUCCUUCACACAUUUAAUCACAGCACAUGGGAGGCAGAGGCAGGUGGAUCUCUUCAAGUUCAAGGCCAGCCAGGGCUGCGCUCGGCGAGACCCUAUCUUGAGGGGGACAAAUAGUACUCGAGCACUUUAGCAAACUGAGCAUUUCACAGGUUACUCUGAAAGCCCAUCGCAGAGGGUCCUCCCUCAGAGGCCUUCACCUUGUCUUUCACUACCACUAAUCACAAUGACAGAUGUGACCCAGGAACUCAGGAGGUGGCAGCUGGCCUACAGCGCUCCCGGGGUGGCAUUUCCCCCGCUUAGAGGAUCUCAGGGUUGAAACCACACAUGGUGAGGAUCUGCAGAGGAGCCACGGUGGGACCAUGCUGCUCUCUUUUCCACCCCACCCACAUCGGUAGAAACAACACCUUUGUAGAGGUAGAGGGGUAGAUAGAAUGGAGGUGAAGGGGAAUUUAAAUUAUAAUAAACUGCCCUGCAAUCUAAACUGACA